AUGCCAAUGUCAAUCAACUUCUCUGAGAAAGCGCUCAAAUCGUUGAUGUCACCGCCGCCCCCGGCCCAGCCAUUGAGAGAUCUCAUGCUGACGAUCGGCUCCUCCAAAGACCUUAAGGUUCUUGCAAUGACGGGCCGAGAUCUACUCAAAUGCUGCGUGCGCUCCAGAAAAUUCAAGCCCCCAAUUGAUCCAGACUUUGAGGUCAACGUGGACGAGGAUAUUUCUGAGCGCAAUCUCGCACGGGUGGCUCGGGAGAGCUUGCUACUACAGCGCCUAAAGGUAGACGAUGUGGCUAAUAACCCAAUUGAUGUAGCCCAAAUCUUUUGUGCCUAUGUGGGUGCCACGUUUGCGUGUUCCCUAAAAGAAGAAGGAAGCAAUCAGAUACACGAUUCCAUUAACGAUCUUUGCGUCAUGGUCCUUGACGACAAUGCAAGAGAGGCAGCAGACAGCAAUAGCCACGAGGCAAGAGAAUUUUAA